AUGCCAAAUUCACCAAAGAGACCAUCCGAUGGUACUGGAGAACCAUCAUCCAGCAAGCGCAAAUAUCAACAUACGAUAUUAGAAACAAAACCAACAUUUGAUUCAUCUCCAGGUAAGGCUCAUGAUUUGUUGCAUAGUUUUCCAUCGCCUACUCAGACGAAACCAACUACUGAUGUAUCCGCUGCACGUAACAACGCAACGGGUAAAACGGAUGGUUUGUCUUUUCCAGGAAACGCAUCACCCACCGCUGACUUGAGGAUAGAAGGCAAUACAGAUUCAAAGAAUAUACUGUCAAGCCCUGUUGGGCUAGCUCUGCCAAAAAAAGAUGACAAGAAGAAAAACAAGAGCAUAGGUAAGGACGGUACCGGAAAAGCAUCUGCCUUUUCGGGACAGAGUGCACAGCAACAAUCGGAUCCAAAUAAAAUGCAAGAUGUUCUCUUUUCUGCAGGUAUAGAUGUUAGAGAGGAAGAGGCUCUUUUAAAUUCAUCCAUCAACGCCUCUAAAUCUCAAGUACAAGCAAAUAAUGUUAGGGUUCCUAAGCAUUUACCAUUUCUCCACCCUGAACAAGUUUCCAUUUAUAUGAAAAAAAUUGGAAAAGAACAGAACUUUAACUUAGCCUUUACAAAAAACCCGGAUAUUUUGAAUAUGAUGUCAAGUGCGUGCGAGAACUAUAUGAGAGAUAUUCUAACAAAUGCUAUUAUCAUCUCCCGACAUAGAAGAAAAGCUGUUAAGAUAAAUUCUGGUAGGAGAAGUGAAGUUUCUAUGGCUCUAAGAGCCAUUGCUCUAAUUCAAAAAAAAGAGGAGGAAAGGCGUGUAAAAAAAAGAAUUGCGUUAGGCCUUGAAAAAGAAGAUUAUGAGAAUAAGAUUGAUUCGGAAGAAACGUUACACAGAGCUUCGAACGUUACAGCUGGACUAAGGGCAGGUAGCAAAAAACAGUAUGGUUGGUUAACUUCAUCAGUAAAUAAGCCGACGUCCCUGGGAGCAAAAUCUUCAGGCAAAGUGGCCUCUGACAUUACGGCUAGAGGAGAAAGCGGGCUAAAGUUUAGGGAAGCCAGGGAAGAGCCUGGCAUAGUGAUGAGGGAUUUACUCUUUGCUCUUGAAAAUAGGCGAAAUGGUGUUCAGACCAUUAUCUCAAAAGGCUAUGCGAAAAUCAGAGACUGA